AUGACAGACGUAUUGAACAAACAAGGAACUGCCGAUGCUACCGCUAACUAUAGUGUUAUAUAUCAUAGCUCGGUUCCUGCCCCGGUGCAAUAUACAGAAAAUAAUGUGGCUAAUAAUCAAGCUAAGACGGUUCACGUUGACGCCAUUGAGCAAUUAGAUGAAGAGAACGCCCAGGCACAAUUGGUUCAUGAAUAUCCAACAGAUCUGCUGAUUGAUAGGUUUACUAAGUACAGAAAUAUUAUCAAGGCCUUAAUAGUUUAUUUUUCUGAAAUUGCUUACACUCAAGAACAAUUGGGUAGAAUCAAUCAAAAAAUUAUAGAUAAGUCAAUCAAAUUUGAUGUUUUAAACGAUAUAGACGCUAAUUCAAAUAAGUUAAUGGACCCUUUAGUGAGCAAAAUCCCAAAAAAAUUGCAGCAACCUUCAACUUUGAUGCAAAUUACCACUUUGGAGGAUUCUGAUAAGAAAGAUAUUUCUUCUACGGCCGUUGGAGAAAAUGACACUUCAUUAAGUUCGGAAGAGUUAAUAAUUGGUAAUUCUGGUUUCGUGAAAUUUGGAUCUGGUUCGGUUCAAGAUCUUCAGGUCAUCUUGAAGAAAUAUCAUUUGUCAUUAGCAAGUCAACAGUAUAAGAUUUCUAAGGAAAUAAUGUCCACCAUCAUUCCUUCAUUGGAAAAGUUGAAGAAAAAUUUAGCAUUAAAAAUUAAGGAAAUAAAGUCAUUGCAUGAUGAUUUUAAAACAAAUCUAGCCGAUCAUUUGGAAGUUACGAACAAAUUAUUAAAUAAAUUUGUUUCAUCAACCCAUGUAUUUGCAGAAACUGCAUGUGAAAAUGUAAAUGGUAAAGAUAAAUUGUCCAAUGCGGAAGCUGAUCCAUAUUUAUUGAAAUUGCAAUUAGAAUUACAAUUGAAAAGACAAUUAAUUGAAGAGAAUUACCUAAAAUCUGCUUUUAUAAACCUUCAAUCUUCUGGUAUGAAAUUAGAAAAGAUAGUCUACACUACCAUACAAAAUUCCUUAAAUAAAUACUCAGCCUUAAUAAACUCAGAAGCUCGUUUGAUUAUCAAAAACUUAUGUCAUGAACUAAACGAUGGAAUUCACUCAAAAUCUCCAACUUAUGAAUGGGACCAUUUUAUCAGUCAUCAUCCAAAUGCAUUUUUGAACUGGAAAUCUAGUGAUCCAAUACCUCAAGAUAGGAAAUUAACUGACGUUCAAUUUCCUGAAAUGAAAUCGGCACUAUCAAAAUGUAUCAGAGCUGGUCCUUUAUUAAAGUCUUCAAGCUUGUUACCCUCGAAAGGUGGAUCUAAAUCAACAAAAGAAGAAGAAACAGUUCACUAUUUCGUUUUAACAUCCAACUAUUUACAUGAGUUUGAAAAUGAUGGCUUCUUCAAGUCUCAAAUUGAUGAUAGCACCCAUCCCCAACCUUUGUCAAAAAACAUGAUCAUUCAACCGUUAUUAAGCAUAUCAUUAAAUGAUUGUGAGGUUAUUGAUUUUGAUGAAGAUAGCUUCACAAUUAUUGCAAAACCAUUAUUUAAUAGCUCUUUACUACUGCGUAGUAAAGUCUCCUCUGAUUUAAAGUCGUCAGUAAAAAAAGCAGACGGAAAAGGCUCAAACCCUGGUAAGAUAAGAAAAUUCUUAAAAGGAUCUAAUGAAAAGAAACAGACAUCAUUGACUGUGAAAUCCAAUUCACCACAAGUAGACUUUGUAUUACAGGAAAUUAAAGCCUAUGAGGAAAUGGAAAAGAAUAACUCAGAAGGCGAAGAUAUAAGAGUGCAAUGGAAAAUCAGUAAUACUCUCUUAAAUCCUUCAGAACUGGAAAUAAAGAAAUUUAAAAAAUGGAUAUUUGAGCUUAAAUACUUAAGUGCCUUUAAUAAUAAUGUUGAAAGAAAAGAAUUCAUCGAAGAUAGAUUAACUUUAAGGGACCAAGCGGCCGUACAAGCAAAAGGUGCUCAUGUUGGAGCCUCUAAUCACUCAAAAUCGAAUAAACUUGGCAAAAUGAUUUCGAAUUCGUCAGAAUUAGCAGCACUAUCUCCACUAACUAAUGUUAAUACACCUGCUAUUGAUGACACCGGAAACUUAAUAACAAUUGGUGAUAGAAGAAUGAGCCAUACAGCCUACUCACAUUCUGCUUUACGUAAACCUGGUGAAAGUGCUGAUGGAGGUGCUUCUAGAUCAAUUGGUCAGGCCUAUGUAUCUUCAACUCCUAACACGAUCAGUAGCCCAAGAUCUGUUCCGCGUUCCGACUACUUCAAUAUAGUGCCAUCUACAUCAGAGGGGAACACAAAUUCAGAAGAAUCACAUUCUGCAGUUCGCCCAUAUACUAAUCAAACUGUCAGUUCAGAGUCCAAAAUGUUCUCUAGCACUGAAAAGAUGAACCGAACAAACUCUAAUGCUACCUCAGCGUCUACCCCUCCCUCGAUAACAUCUUUAACAGUGGAACAUAUUAAUGAUACAGAGAGUCAUCCAUUGAAACCAAUUUUAUCCAAUAAAUCAACAGUUUCACAGGUAAAAUCUCAGAAGGGUGGAAAAUUGAAUUCGUUUGGUAAGUGGAUAUCAAGUAGAAGAAGUAGUGUUGUUUCUCAAGGUUCAGAAGAUGGAAGACCAGAAAAUUAUAUUUCUGAGGCUCCCAUUAAAUUAAACCAAUCCAUAUAUCAAUCGUGA